AUGAUACUGCUCCAGUCCCCAUCGAGGUUCCUGCUCCAGAUCCUGCAAGACCGUGUUCUCAGCGGUGAGAAGGGCAUGGACAUCGACUGUCACACGGUAGAGUUCGAUGAUGUCCGGUAUCAUAUCCAGUUUUCUAUGAGGAAUCCAAAGGUAAUGGUGUUGUCAGUUGCUUUGCCUCUGCCACCUCCUGAAGCGAUUCUGUAUGAGGGGCUUCCACUUGGUGCCAUUGAAGCUAUAAAAGCAGCUUAUGGGCCAGUUGUGCAGAUUCUUGAUCCUCCAAAGGAUGGGUUUGAUCUCACAAUGAAGAUAAGUUUGACAAAACUUCCGCUAGAUGAAGAGCAAAGGAAUGCUAUCUUGACACAAAUUGCAUCUAUUAGAGAGGUGGUGCUGGGUGCACCACUGAAGCUCCUGCUGAAACAUUUAGCCUCAAAGACAGUUGCGCCUAAUGUUGACAAGCUUGUUGCUCUUGUUCACCGGCCUAAUGAAUCCUUUUUCCUUGCUCCCCAGGCAGAUAAAGUUACUAUUGUGUACCCAAUGAGAUUCCAGGACUCCAUUGAUAUUGUUUUAGCAACUUCCUUCCUGCAGGAAUUUGUGGAGGCAAGACGAACGGCUGCACUUAAUAAUGUUCCUUCUUGUAUGUGGUCUCCGGCACCACCUCUUGAGUUAAAAGGAGUAUCUGCUGAUGCACUAAAUGCAAAUGCUGGCUUUGUUACUUUCGUUGUUUACCCUCGGCAUGUUGAGGGUAGAAAGCUAGAUAGAACAGUUUGGAAUUUGUUGACAUUUCAUGCUUAUGUAAGCUAUCAUGUAAAGUGUUCUGAAGGAUUCAUGCAUACCAGGAUGAGGCGCAGGGUUGAGUCACUGAUCCAGGCGUUGGACCGAGCGAAGUCUGAUGCAGAGAAGCUGAAGAAGUUGGUACACGGUGGAUCUUUCAAAAGGCUGAGCCUGACGAAUGAGGGCGACUCGCGUUUCUGA